GUGGCAACAUGGGAGGGGGUGCAGGUUAACAUCUACCACACACAAUGGGUUAAAGCCUCCGGUCCCAGUUUUAAUAUCUAAGUCCCGGUCAAACCCAUCAGAGCUCUCCGCAGCACCCUGCACCAUGUCGAAGAGUUCUGGAGGGGACAGGUGGCUAAGUGAGCUUGGCUACAAGCUGGGCCAAACACUGGGGGAGGGGAGCUAUUCUAAGGUGAGAGUAGCCACCUCGGCCAAGUACAAGGGGCCCCUAGCCAUCAAGGUGGUAGACCGACGCCGGGCACCCCCCGAUUUCGUCCACAAGUUUCUCCCGCGAGAGCUGUCCAUCUUACGAGCCAUCCGCCACCCAAACAUUGUACGGGUCUUUGAGUUCAUCGAAGUCUGCAAUGGGAAGCUCUACAUCGUGAUGGAAGCCGCUUCCACCGACCUGCUGCAGCUGGUGCAACAGCUGGGGAAGCUGCCCUGCGUCCCAGACGCCCGGGACAUCUUCGUCCAGGUAGUGGCUGCUGUGCGCUACUUGCACGACCGGAACUUGGUUCACCGGGACCUCAAGUGCGAGAACGUGCUGCUCACCGCUGACGGGCGCCGAGCAAAGCUGACCGACUUUGGCUUUGGCAGGGAGUCCCGUGGCUAUCCAGACUUGAGCACCACUUACUGCGGAUCGGCUGCCUACGCCUCCCCUGAGGUACUGCUGGGCAUCCCCUACGACCCCAAGAAAUAUGAUGUGUGGAGCCUGGGGGUCGUCCUUUAUGUGAUGGUGACUGGCUGCAUGCCCUUUGACGACACCCACAUCCACAGCAUGCCACGCCGACAGAAGAAGGGGGUGUUCUACCCAGACGGCCUGGGCCCGUUGCCCGAGGCCUGCAAAGCCCUCAUCGCCCUACUGCUUCAGUUCAGCCCAGCCUCUCGGCCUGGAGUGGGGCAAGUGGCGAAAAACACCUGGCUGAAAGGAGCCCUCUUAAACAAAGACACUUCCAGAUCGCUCAACACUAGGAUCGAUUAAGGCAGAUGAAGCUGUGUGACGUGUUGGAGCUGCUGUAGGGAGGGAAAGAACAGAUGCUUAAAGCGAUAUUGACAAAGGUGGAGCUACAGAGCGGUCUGGGGUCACGACUGGAGGGGGGCAGCGCUUAUUAUGCCACCUUCAGAGGUGCCAACGGAGAAAGCUUCUGGUGCGAGAAGAUGGAGCCCAAGGAGAUGGGAUUCAAAGGCUUUCAAGGUAGAAGACCGGAGGAGGGGGCAGUAGAAACACUGGACGGAUGGAACUUGCAGUACCCAAAACCGCACGCCAAUGGGCAGCCACGCAGCCUGCAGCAGGAGAAAAGACCUGUGACCCUUGCCAAAAGACUUGGACUUCAUCGCAGAUCCAAAGCUGGCCAACGGGCAAGCGAGGGAACGAGACAUACCACUGCACAGUGUCGUCUGAAGUCUAUUCCAGAAAUAAACCCUGAAGCUCCCACCUGGAG